UCGCUUCCAGUUCGAGGCACCCAGUCCAAGACUUAGUCUGGAUUUCGCUCGCUCCUCGCAUCGGAGUGAGUUUUCGGCGCUUAAAGCUCUUAAGACUUUAACGCGACUUUAAAGUACAACCAGCCGUGCAUCGUCAUCCUCGUUCCACGGGAAAGUCUGCGGCGUAACAACUGCUUUUGAAAAUUGUAAAUUCACAAUGCGGCGCACAUCUCGAUUGAUUCCGUUCGGUUUCGUCAUCCUGAAUCUGCUCCUCCUGCUCUUCCUGCUCCAACUCCUCGUCCUGAUGCCAUCCACAUUCGGCCACACACUGGGUCCCAGCUGCCAGACGCCGGAGCGGACUGAAGGACGGUGUGUGCACUUCAGCGCCUGCCGUUCGGUCCUGCGGCACUACGCGAUGUACAAGGAGCACAUGCCGCCGGUGAUAAUGCGAUCCUUGCAGCGGGCCCGCUGCAAGCCGAAGAACCAAGGCUAUCAUUUGUGCUGCGAACUCAAAGAUGUGAUUCCCGCGAACGUGAACGCGAACGCCAACUCAAAGUUGAAGUAAAUCAACUUCAAAGUGCCUCGCCUCAUGUGUUGCCUGUGUGGGCUUUGAUCUGCUAAAUCAGUCGGUAGCUUUUUUGUUUGGGCCCAUAACCGAAAUGUUAUGGCUGCUGGGUCGCAUCGCAUCGCAUCGCAUCGCUUGUAAUUAUAAUGUGUACACGAAUUAUGUAUUAAGUGCGCCUUCCUUUCGUCUCGCCGGGCAACAGAUGCUGAGACAUAAUAAAAUAAAAAAAAUAAAAACUUCAGCCUCAA